AGGUUCUUAUCUGCCAAGAAAUCAAGGAAAAUGUCAAAACAAGGAAGUGGUAAGCAUCAGUUGAAGUGAUAUAUCAAAGCAUUACUACGUAUUGAAUCAAUGCGAAUUCAUUUGUAUACACUGAGCUCUUUAUGCGGUAACGAGAAACGUCAAGCUGUGCUAAUUAUUAAGCAAAACUCAUCCUAAUAUUCAUCAUGGCGAACCACACAAUUCCUCGUUAUGUGUCCGUGAUUGUUUUGAUGACUGCAUUUCUGCAAAUGGCUUCAGUUCGAGUUAAAAGUGAACAUGGAACAGGCUAUGUGGGUUGUUACCCUGUCGGACCGCACUGGCAAGGUGUGUUAACUGACAAAGACAGUAUUGAGGAAACUGUAGACGACUGUGCUUAUCAUUGCAGUGGGUACACCUACACAUCCAUCGCAAUCCGAAGCUGCUUUUGCAGCAACGGUUUGCCAUAUAAUAGCCUAUUUAUGGAUGAACAACGCUGCAACAUCACCUGUAGCCGCAAUCCUUGCCAAAUAUGUGGGGCAGGUGGAUACUACUCAGUUUACAACACAGCCGAGAUACUCAACAGAGUGCAAGUUACUGCUGGAUUGUCAUGCUGUAAAUUUGAAGACUCUUCCAAACAUUUUUACGCCGAAUGUGUGGACCGAACAAACCGGACAAUGGAGUCUGAUGAGGCUCCUUCUACCAUGUCUACCUAUAUUCCUACUACCGAAAUUGGAACAGGCUAUGUGGGAUGUUAUCCUAUCGGACUGCACUGGCAAGAUGUGUUAACUGACAAAGACAGUAUUGAGGAAACUGUAGACGACUGUGCUUAUCAUUGCAGUGGGUACACCUACACAGCCAUCGCAAUCCGAAGCUGCUUUUGCAGCAACGGUUUGCCAUAUAAUAUCCUAGUUGUGGAUGAACAACGCUGCAACAUCACCUGUAGCCGCAAUCCUUGCCAAAUAUGUGGGGCAGGUGGAUACUUCUCAGUUUACAACACAGCCGAGAUACUCAACAGAGUAAAAGUUACUGCUGGAUUGUCAUGCUGUAUAUUCGAAGACUCUUCCAAACAUGUUUACGCCGAAUGUGUGGACCGAACAAACCGGACAAUGGAGUCUGAUGAGUCUACCUCUUUUCCUACUACCGAAAUUGAGGAACAAAAGAACUGCAAUUUAGAGGUAGUAGAGGAAUGCUGUCAACCAUCAUAUUCACUCUGGUUACGGAUCGUCAUCGAUGUGGUAGUGAUACUCGCCGUUCUAUUCCUCAUCAUCUUGGGUAUCAUUUUAAGUAUUGUGCGGUGUUUCGAAAGACGUGGUAAUGCAAGAAGUGAUCAUCGUCUCCGAAGCAUCAUCCGCGUAGACAAUACGAACGCUACGACUUCUCCAAGGCCAGGGGCGUUUUAUCAAAGCCUAAUUUUUAACAGUGAAGUUCAGAAUGUUCAAUCUGCCACUGACGUCAUCCCAAGCCCGAACACCCAUACCGAGUCCCACCAACCUACCAUGCCUGACUCUGCUGGAGAGCCUGUGACGUCUGUCAGCCUCCAAGGCAACAUAGAAUCAGAAUCCCAAGCGCCCUCUACGACGCCAGAUUACCCCAAAGAAUCCGACGAUGCUGAUCAUCGCCCAGAGCCGAUAGCUGUAGAUGGUGAAGGCUAUGUACCAAUGGAUAGGAUCAGCAGGGUAUCGGUAAACGUGCAAACUAAUGCUAAGUUAUCUAACGAUGGCAUGGAAAGGGUCACCAAUCAGCAACCAGUGAACUAUGAAAACCGUGAUGUCUGGAGAAAACGCGAUCGAAGAACACAAAUUAAAGACCGGAUUUAGCCCGAAUAGCAGAUACCAAUGGUCAUAAUUACAGUCAAUCUAAUAUGCCUACUGGGUUUUUUUUGUAAGACUUUAUAAUUAAUGGUAUUAUGGUAUUGCUCACGAUGGUGUGUGCUGUGUAUACAAUCAUUGAUGCAACUAUAAUUUAUUCAAAGUAAUGUUGUGCAUGAAUAGUUUAAAAUAUACAGGUCACCGCCUGGUGUAGUUACUGCAUACAUUGUAAUCUUACAUGUUUAACUUGAGCUAUUGAAUCAGACAUUAAACGGGACUCAGAGAGUCAAGAUUGAAUCUAACUAUAUCUGCUGUCUGCAUCGGCUCUUAUGUUUCUUCAACAACACUACAGUGUGGUAAAACUCCCCAGCCGCGUAUUAUCUAGAAACAUAAUCAAUAAAAUUAUGCGGCAACCGUUUAUUGAUUAGAUCGUGCACUCCAAUCAAAUAUUGAUAUUGUUGAGAAUAUUUAGAUUAUAAGAUAAAAGGAGCAGAGUGAUAGGUUGAACGUCAUUAUUCUAUCUAUUCUUUUUUUCUUUGAAGUAAUAAUGAUAAUAAUACACAGCAUGUAUUAUGCGCCAUCUAUCUAGUAAAUUAUUCCGAGGGGCAGAGGGAUGGAGAGAUGGAGGGGAAAAUACAUUAACGUAUUUAACUAAAGUAAGUGAGAAUAAUUAUAGGGUUCAAGAUUGUUUUGCACGUCCCACCCAAGACUUUCAUACCAUAUGUUACAUGUAUAUGUGGUAGAAAAACACGAGUUGCAUAACAUAAUUACGAUUCUCUUUGUUACAUAAUUCCGCAAAAGUAUUCUUUUUUUUUUGCUUAGCACACCGCCUACAAUGUCAACCUUUUUUUUUUCAAUGUAAUGUACUAUAUUUUUCGAUACAUAUACCAAGAAAUAAUGUUCAUUCCACAAGAUCUAAUGUUUCAUUCAGUGAAAAAUUGACCUGGUAUUAAAACAUGCUUUCGUCUAAUUUUAAACAUGAUAUAUAUUAAGUUUUUGUAGCAUUGAUUGUUAGAUGGAUAGAUAAAUAGAUAGAUAGACGGUUUAUUGAUAGAAUUCAAAACAUCAUACAUUAAGGCCUGAUUACGAUGUAUUCGCAAGGUUACAAUGACAAAAAACUCGUUCAAACAAUAACACAGAUAAUUACAAAAUAAAAAAUACGUAUAAAUGAUAGUAUAAUAUGAUAAUAGUAGAGUAUAGUUUUCAUAGUACACGUAUAAAUAAGAGUAUGGCAUUGAAAUUACAUGUAUUGUGGAAUUUUGGAAUGGAUUUUUAAGUGGAAAGUAAAUUGUGUGUCUGGGAAAUGAAAGCACUUUACCUCUUCACCACGAAAAAAACUUUUAUUGAACAUUUAUAUUGUGUAGUUUACUUCUUAUUAUGUUUAUGUAAUGUUAAUAUAAUCAUUAUACUUAAAAUAAAGCGUUCAGAGAUUUGUUUUACUAUAAACGC